AGGAUUUCAAGCUACUUUAUCCUGAUAAAGCUACAGUUUUAUUCGAAAAAUGGCCACUGUUUCGUUUGAAACUUUUUAAUUAUGCAAAAGAUCGCAUUGGAUCAGAUCCAGCCUUUGCAAGUCUCUUGGAUUCAGUAGGUUUGAAGGAAGAGACUGUUGAUGAAGAUGAAGAUGAAUUAAAUGUGCGAGCAUUCUUCAUUCUUCUCUUGUGUCUCCCUCAAAAAGCCAUUCGAGGAACCAAAAAAAGUUGGAAACCUUCGAAUAAAACUGAGUUGCUCCAGUAUUCUCUUCCUAUUGUGCCUUCGGUUGGUGAGCUAAAAAACUUCAUGAACACUAAAAAAGAAGCUUUUCAGAAAUUUGGCAUCACUGUCCAGCCGUAUGUGGCCUACGUGAAAGACAAUGCGCAAAACGUCAAACAAUUUUACGUUUGCAUAGAUAACUUUAUUUACAUUCAAGAAUCUCUUAUUUGUGCUAUUGAUGCUGUUUUUAAAUGCUGUAACAGCUUAUUUGUAAACUACGCCUUUGAAGCCAAAUUUGUUUUUGUCUUUUUACAGUCUUACAUUUACGAACUAGAGACCCGGUACGAUUUUCACUACAACGUUGUCGAGAAAUUUAUUGAGACGUUUGAUAGAUUUGUUGCUACUUAAUUAAUUAGUCAUCAAUUUCAGCCAUUUACCUCUAACUUUAUUUACCUUUCUUUUUUAUCACAUGCAUCAUGCAUCUUGAUAAGUAGUUUGUAAGAGUCUUUUUUUUUGUUAUGUAGCUCCUGAAAGAUGCCAAAGUGUUCAGUGUGCAAUUCUGUUACAAGCAACUUGAAAAUAUUCAAAAAUCAUGUUCGUUUGUACAGGCACGUACCCCUCAAUGGGCGUUAUGUUUGUGUAGAAGAUAAUUGUUAUAUUGAAGACCCUUCUGGUCUCAAAGAACGAAGAGAGUUUUCUAAACUUGGAAAUCUUUUGCGUCAUUUUAAGGAGCAGCAUUCUUUUGUAGAAAGUAUUGAACCAUUUGUUGAGGGCGACCCCACAGCUAAUGUUUCUUUUGAAAAUGAGCCUGAGGCAGAAUUUGGUCAAGAUGAGGCAGCACCUUUUGAUACUGAAUUCAAUGUCAAUCAAGAAAAUUUUUUUGAAACCAAUAUUAAAAGUCAUAUUAAUAUUUUUCUCUGCAAAUUGUACGCAAAGCCGAAUGUACCAAGAAAUGUAAUUCAGCUUAUGGUUGAUCACACUAGUCUUCUGAUUCAUGAAAUUGUAACUGAAAUACAAGAGAAAGUAUCUUAUUUAAUGCGUGAUCAAAAUUUAUCCAUUGAUGAAAAGAAUAAGAAUUUUAAGACUUACUGCUUGAUUCUCAAAAAUCCUUUCCAAGAUUUAAUGACUGAAUAUCAGCGAUUAAAAUUUUUCCAGUCUCAAGAAACAUACAUUCCACCCGUACCAAAGUCUCUCUACUCAGAGCUCAUCCCACAAAGGAGCAAAGACUCUCAACAUUUUCUAGAACUGGCAGAUCGCUCUCUUCAAUUUGUUCCACUGAGGUUAGUUCUCAGGCAGUUUUUGCAGCAGCCAGGCGUCAUUGACAGAAUUAAUAGUCACUUACAGAGGGUUGUCUCUGAAACAGAUGGCUUCAUGACUGACUUUGUACAAGGAACACUUUGGCGAAGUACUAUAGGGAAAAUUGAGACUGCUCAAGAUAAUACUUUGAUUUGGCCACUUUUUUUUUAUGCGGAUGACUAUGAGUGUGGGAAUGUUUUAGGGUCACAUAAAGGUGUUCAUAAACUUUGUGGAAAUUACGUAUCAAUACCAGCGUUACCUCCUGAGUUUAAUGCCAUGCUCAAUAAUAUGUUUUUGCUUGCCAUUUACCAUGCUGAAGACAGGAAAGUAGUUCCAAAUAGUAUUCUGUAUCGGUCUGUUGUAGAAGAAUUUAAAUUUUUAGGCGAAGAAGGAAUUAGCAUUGACACUCCAAAUUUUAAAGGAAAAAUUAAAUUUGUCCUGGGUUUAAUACUAGGUGACAACCUUGGGGUUCAUCAAAUAUGUGGUUUCAUUGAGUGUUUUACAGCUAAUUUUCCUUGUAGGUAUUGUCGUAUUCCUCGUAAGAAAUUGCUGAUUUCAAAAAAACUCGACCUUACUCAAUAUGAAUUAAGAACUAUUGAUAAUUACCGCACUGAUAUUGAAAAAAACAAUCCUUCUGAGACCGGUAUAAAUGAGAAUUCACUGUGGAAUGAGCUUCCUUACUGCCAUGUUACAGAAAAUGUUCCUCCUGAUUUGAUGCAUGACUUGCUCGAGUCAGGUGUUGCCACUUUCACUUUAGAAUUAAUUCUGAAAUUUGCCAUGAGACAUGGCUAUACUACUCUUCCUCAUUUAAAUCGAAUAAUUAGAGACCAAAACUACGGUGUAAUGAAAAAUAAACCUCCCCCAAUAGUUGGUACUAAUCAACAGCCAUCUAUCAAAAUGUCAGCUGCAGAAAUGCUUAACUUUACUGUAUUCUUUGGAAUUAUAAUGGGUCAUUUCUUCCCAGAAAAUGAUCCAGUAUGGAAGAUGUAUAUUCUUUUAAGGAAAAUUAUGGAUAUUUUAUUUUCACCACGCAUACAUCUUGAAAGUUUAGAAAUUUUAAAAAGUUUAAUUGAAGAACAUCACUCACUUUAUAUCCAAUUUAGCGAAGAAAAACAUUUGCGUAAUAAGCAUCACCAUUUGCUGCAUUACCCUGACUUAAUAUUAAAAUAUGGGCCUCCCAUUAAAUAUAGUGCAAUUAGAUAUGAAGCCUUUCACCAGCGAGGGAAGCAAGUGGCAGUAAGUGUUGCCUCGCGAAGAAAUCUUCCAAAAACUGUCCUAACUCGAAAUCAGUUAUUGCUGCAUUCCUACCUACAAUCUGGGGAUGUUCUAAAAGACAGACUUUAAGUAGGAUCUAGCACUGAAAUUGACGCAGAUGACUUGCCUGUUCCAUGUUUAGGUCUUCCUGCAAAUUUUGUUGACUCUUAUGAAUUUGUUGCAUGGACUGAAAUCAGUGGAACCAGGUACAAUCCAAAAAUGGUCCUUGUUGUUAACAAUAAUGAUAUUGAUCCUGUUUUCGGUCUAAUUGAGGUCAUUGCCUUCAGCAGCGAAAAAAAUAAGGUGGGCUUCAUUUGCCAAAAAUUGCCAACUUUAUUUUUUAAUUCCCAUGUACAUGCGUAUGAAGUAGAGCAUCUAAAGGAAUAUUUCUUUGUGCAUCAUGAUGACUUGUUCCAUUAUUUACCAACUAGUCUAGCAACUGAUCUAUCAGCUGGCAUUUUCGUUCCCUACAGAUAUGGUGUCUAAUAAGUCCACUGAUACACUGACAGAACAACUUUUUUUUUCUUCAUUUUGAUCAUAACUUAUUUCUUGGUUUGACCUCACCGUUAAAAUAUAUUAGGCUUUAUUUUUUUUAGUCAAUGAUAUUCCAUUUUUUUUUCUUUCUUUCUUUCAAAGUGGCACUGUUUCAUUUUAAAAUUAAACAAAUCAGAAUUAUUUCCUUGUCUCUCACUUGUUGUAUAUAUUUCCACAACAGAUCUGAUGUUUUAUAAUUGUAUUUUGACACUGCCCAUUGUCUGCUGUGUACUUUUGAUUCAGCUUAACUUGCUUUUUGAGUCAAGAUCUCCAUUGAGUAUAACUUGUCUUGAAAUAUGUUCUGCAAAAAUUUAACCACUAAGAUCCAAUUUCUAAGCCUCAAAAUGUGAGUUAAAACUUUUUUUCUGCCAUAAGGCUUCUAUAAUUUUUAAACUUCAAAGACAUUUCUGAAAAUGGAAAAAACUGCACUUGAGCACCGCCCCCUCCAAGACCCUUAUUUGUAACUGAUAUGAAAAUUAUUCUAGUAUUACAUCAGUGAAUAGGUAUCGCUGGUAACAGACCAAAAACACAGAUCUCCAUUGGGAUGUUUCAAAAUCUCUGCUGCUUGCUUAUCUUUUAAUAGAAAACUAAUUAGCAGUAACUUCGCUUGAAAUUUUUACUAAAAUAUUCUUCGCAGGAUGAGAACAAAAUCAGAUUGAGUUUUAAGACAUAAUAAUGAGACAUACUAAUUUACGCUUAAAAAAUGUCACGAGAAAUCUGCAACUUAGCAAAUGGAAAUCCGUGUCUUUGAUCUGUCACUCAGCGGUAUGUGAUUUCAGAAAAAAUGUACAUUGAAAUUUAAUUUGAAUAAAUUAUAUUACUAAACAAAACAUAUACUACAAAGCUGAAGUAAAAAAAGGGGGCAUGCAGGGUGUUGAAAACCUGAAAUAGUAUUGCUUCUUAUGAUUGAAGUUCAUAUAAUGAAUGUUUUGAUUCAUUAACCAAUUGAGUCAUGCGAAAUUUUCUGAGAUCUGCCAAUGGGUUUAAGGUUUUGUUUGAUUAUUGUUUUUGUUCUGAAAAAUUGUCUUCAUGCAAUAAAAAUUAAUUUUUAUCUCUGAA